AUGAAUUUCCUCAAGAUUAUGGACUGGAAACCAGUCAAGGUGUUUAGGAUGCUAUCAAGCAACGCUUCUGCAUUGACAUUGGAGAAGGCAGAGAGUCUUAUUGCAUAUGGAAGGCGCGGAUCUGCUCUCUCGGAAAUCUUCAGUGUGUGCGGGCCAGACACUCCGGCGGCAGCGGUUAUUGGCCUUGGUACGAUCGUCGAGCAGGAUCCUAUACCAACACCCGAGGAGCUGGAGGCACUCUACAAGAUGGUUUUGAUGGACCGGACAAGGAACAAAACACCAUUUGGAGAUCUGGUCCGAGCGAGCGGGAACCGCAGAAAUAUAGUCAUCUUCAUCCGCCAUUUCUUCUGUCCAGCUCUAGCCCACGAAAUGCCGCCGGAAAAGCUGGAACAGAUGGAUCCGCCGACCACCCUCAGUAUCGUCGGUUGUGGUGAUCCAGUACUCAUUCAAAACUACAUGAAGAUGACCAACUGCCCUUUCGAUGUCUAUGCAGACCCGUCGCGCUCAACAUAUUCCGCCCUCGGACUCUCUAUCAACGAGACCGCAGCCCCAGACGUCCCACAAUAUGUCUCGAAAUACUCGACCACAUCAAUCUUCAAAGCGAUCUUGAUCAGCCUGGGUCUUGCGGCCAAGACGAAAAACAUCUCCGCAGGAAAGAAGAGUCAGAAUGGCGGCGAGUUGAUCUGGGUGGACGGACAGAUUCAGUAUAUUCACAAGAUGAAACACACCAACGAUCAUCUUGAGGUGGAUCAGCUUGACUAUCUGUUGAGCAAUUAUUGCAAUGCUUGA